AGAAAAAGUACAAUUUGCAGAAUAGUAUAUAGACUAUCUGCAGAUAUAGAAAAUAGAAGAAUAUCCCAAAUUUAGUAGUGGCCCCCACUGGGGAGCAUGAUAGAAACACACUGGGGAAAGGGCACAUCCUCCUUUCACUUAACCUAUUACCUUUGAAAUGUAUACAGCAAAUAUGUAGAACUUUAUAUUCAUAAAGCUUUUUAAAAUGGGCUGGGCAUGGUGGCUCAUGCCUGUAAUCCCAGCACUUUGGGAGGCCGAGGUAGGUGAAUCACUUGAGGUCAGGAGUCUGAGACCAGCCUGGCCAACAUGGCAAAACCCUGUCUCUACUAAAAAUAAAAAAAUUAGCUGGGUGUGGUGGCGCACACCUGUAACCCCAGCUACUCGGGAGAUUGAGGCACGAGAAUCACUUGAACCUGGGAGGGAGAGGUUGCAGUGAGCCAAGACUGCGCCACUGCACUCCAGCCUGGGCAGUGGAGCAAGACUCAAAAAACAAAACAAAACCCUUUAAAAUAGAAGUUGCCAGCCGGGCAUGGUGGUUUACGCCUGUAAUCACUGCACUUUGAGAGGCCGAGGCAAGGAGAUCACUUGAGGUCAGGAGUUUGAGACCAGCCUGGCCAACAUGGUGAAACCCCGUCUCUACUAAAAAUACAAAAUUAGCCGAGCAUGGUGGCGCACCCCUGUAAUCCCAGCUACUUGGGAGGCAGAGGCAGGAGAAUAGCUUGAACCUGGGAGGCAGAGGUUGCAGUGAGCCAAGAUCAUGCCAUUGCACUCCAGCCUGGGCAACAAGAGCAAAGCUCCAUCUCAAAAAAAUAAAUAAAAAUAAAUAGAAGCUACCACUUAUUGUGUUCCUAACUGCCUAACCCUGGCAGAUGCUGGGAGCAUGGAGUAAAGGUGCCGUGGUUCAGGGAGGAAAGGGGCUGGUUCUCACCUCUGGUGGCAGCUCAGGAAAGAUAUUUGAUGAAAUCAAGAUCUGUCUACUGAACACUGAUAAAGGCUCUAUUAGAAUUUACUGGACUUCCCCAGAGUGCCACAGGGAGGCUGCUGCAUGAAGAGGCAAAAAUGUUAAAGGAGGAUGCAGCACGGAGUGUUCAAGGGAUAAAGACCUGAGGCAAAAGACAAAGCUGGAGAUGGUCAUUUUGCAAAUUUGAAGCCAACUGGCUCACAAAAUGAAAGAGGCUGUUAAUACCAAGUGUGAAGGUGGGAUGGCAUCACCAGAGCUGGCCAAGUUCAGAGAAGCUGGAAAUCUCAAUUUGUAUGUGACAUUAUUAAAUGAUGACAACACACAUACAGUACAUGGGCCAACAAUGGGCGAAAUUCAGACUUUGGGUCUCUGGGUUACAGGUAAGGUCGUGACAAGCUUUGACAACUGGGGGUGAUGCAGAAAUUCUGAAGUAGGUGACAACAGGUAGCUCCUCCCCACAGAAUUAAAGCAAUAAUAACUCAUAUCUACCCCAUGAUACAGAUUUCAAAGUACUUAAUGUCAUCACAGUGCUAAGGCCUAGGAAUCCCCUUCUGGAGAUGAAGAAACAGAUUCAGAGAGCUGUAGAAGUUGGGCUGAGUCACAUAGCAGUUGAGUGUGGAACUGAUUUUAUCUGAUUUUUUUUUUGUUUUUUGAGACAGAGUUUUGCUCUUGUUGCCCAGGUUGGAGUGCAGUGGUGCAAUCUUGGCUCACUGCAACCUCUGCCUCCGGGUUCAAGCAAUUCUCCUGUCUCAGCCUUCCGAGUUGCUGGGAUUAUAGGCGCCCGCCACCACGCCCGGCUAAUUUUUUGGAUUUUUAGUAGAGACGGGGUUUCUCUAUGCUGGCCAGGCUGAUCUCGAACUCCUGACCUCAGAUGAUCCACCCACCUUGGCCUUCCAAAGUGCUGGGAUUACAGGCAUGAGCCACCGCGCCUGGCCUUUUUUUUUUUGAGAUGGAGUUUCACUUUUGUUGCCCAGGCUGGAGUGCAAUGACGUGAUCUCGGCUCACCACUACUUCUACUACCUCAUGAGUUCAAGCAAUUCUCCUGCCUCAGCCUCCUGAGUACCUGGGAUUACAGGCAUGUGCCACCACACCCAGCUAAUUUUGUAUUUUUAGUAGAGAUGGGGUUUCUCCAUGUUGGUCAGGCUGGUCUCGAACUCCUGACCUCAGGUGAUCCACCCGCAUAGGUCUCCUGAAGUGCUGGGAUUACAGGCCUGAGCCACCGUGCCCAGCUGAUUUUAUCUGAUUCUAAAGUCCUGGGAGUCCCCUGACCUGAGAUGAUGAUGAAAAUGAACAUUUACUAUGUGUCAGAUAUUUUUCUAAGAUUAAAGUUGUUACUCUGGGGUUCAGAAUUCAGGGGAUCCAUAAACUUGGAUGGGAAAAAAUUAUAUUUUUAUUUUUGCUAACCUCUAACCAAAAUUUAUGAUUUUCUUCUAUAUGGAUUGAAGUAGUAGCAGUAUCUUUGGCUUAGUCACCAAUAGAAAUCACAUAUUUUCAUAUCAAAUUGUAGUUAUUGCAAGUAUCUCAAAAUACUUACGCUCGAGUGAUUUCAAAAUCACAGUGGUUGUUAAACCACCACUAAAUUGUUCGUGAGCACCUUCUGUUUCAGAUGCUCCUGUGAUGUAGCCGCCAUUAAUUGGGCACCUCCAGGCCCAGCAGUGGUUCAGUGACCAAGGGUGAAUCUGCCUGUUCUAAGUAGGGCUUCUCCACUCUUCUGCAUUCCCUUUUUUUUUUUUUGAGACGGAGUCUUGCUCUGUCGCCCAGGCUAGAGUGCAGUGGCGCGAUCUCGGCUCACUGCUGCAAGCUCUGCCUCCUGGGUUCACGCCAUUCUUCUGCCUCAGCCUCCCGAGUAGCUGGGACUACAGGCGCCCGCCACCAUGCCCGGCUAAUUUUUUGUAUUUUUAGUAGAGACGGGGUUUCACCAUGUUAGCCAGGAUGGUCUCGAUCUCCUGACCUCAUGAUCCACCCGUCUCGGCCUCCCAAAUUGCUGGGAUUACAGGCGUGAGCCACCGCGCCCGGCCCAGCAUUCCCUGUCUUUAGUUGUUUGCUGAUCAAUAUGUAAGAGGAGGGGCGUCAAAGACCACCCCACAGUUUAAUGUUCUUAUUCAAGCUGGUCGACAACACACUGAGGUCAUUAAAAAAGGAAAAUUUAACUUUUGGCCAGUCUUAUUAAUGUUAGUAAACACAUAAUAUAAAUUUCUGGUUUUAUUUUUUUGAGAUGGGCUCCUGCUAUGUUGCCCAGGGUGACUUUGACUCCUGGGCUUGAGUGAUACUCCCCCACUCAAACUCUCAACCUCUCGAGUAGCUGGGACUACAGUUGUGUGCCAGCACUCCCCAGCUCCAAAUUUGUUUUUUGUUUUUUGUGGGUUUUUUUUUGAGAUGGAGUCUCGCUCUGUCGCCAGGCUGGAGUGCAGAGGCGUGAUCUCAGCUCACUGCAACCUCCGCCUCCCAGGUUCAAGCAAUUCUCCUGCCUCAGCCUCCUGAGUAGCUGGACUACAGGCGUGCACCACCACACCCAGCUAAUUUUUAUAUUUUUAGUAGAGACGGGGUUUCACCAUGUUGGGCAGGCUGGUUUUCAUCUCUUAACCUCGUGAUCCACCCGCCUUGGCCUUCCAAAGUGCUGGGAUUACAGGCGUGAACCACCAUGCCCGGCCAAAUUUGUUUUUAAAUAUAGUUUGGAUAAUUGUUCUCAUUGUAAUCCUAAGCAUUUUGUUUUGUGCAUUAAUUUAUUUAUUUAUAAUACAGAGUUUUGCUCUGUUGCCCAGGCUGGAGUGCAGUGGCACGAUCUUGGCUCACUGGAACCUCCACCUCCUGGUUCAAGGGAUUCUCCUGCCUCAGCCUCCUGAGUAGCUGGGAUUACAGGCACUCACUACGCCCAGCUGAUUUUUUGUAUUUUUAGUAGAGACAGUGUUUCACCAUGUUGGCCAGGCUGGUCUUGAACUCCUGACCUCAAGUGAUCCACCCACCUCGGCCUCCCAAAGUGCUGGGAUUACAGGCGUGAGCCACCACGCCCGGCCUGUUUUAUGCCUUUAUAAGCAGCUAUUCUGAGAAAGUAUUCACAGGCCUCACCAGAUGCCAGAGUCCAUACUGCAAAAUCCAAGAGAGGCUAAACACCCCAGUUCUAAAUGUUUUCAAGCCAUUCAGAUACUGUGCACAGCUGCCCUUUGAAGUACGGUCUAUUAUAUCUCUUUUACAGACCCAGAAACUGAGGCGCAGAUGUUAGGGUCAGCCCCAGGUCACACAGCCAACAAGAGCUGGCCUAGGCACCCAAGGACCUGGCCCCCUAGCCUCUGUGCUUUGCUACUGAGCUUAGCGCUCCUCUUGUAGCUUUUUCUUGAGGAGCCCAAGGGUCAGGGUCUCACCCUGCGAUAUGAGGCCAGUGGCACUGCCCCCUAGCAGGCGCGAGAUGCCAGAGCCCUAGGAUGUCUGAAGGGCCAGGCAGGAGGCAGAUGGGUGUGGGCCAAUGGCUGUCGCAGCGCCUCACCUCGCCGUCUGUGUGAGCCCAGGUAUGCAGUAGGCUCCGCCCAGGACCCAGCCCGGCCCCUCCUUAGGCCUGGGCUGUGGGAGCGGAAAUUCCGGCGACAGCAGGGCAAAACAGGAGCUGAUUCGAGCUGGCAGCGCUGGGCCAUGGAACCGGUAGAGACCUGGACCCCCGGAAAGGUGGCAACUUGGCUGAGAGGUCUUGACGACUCCCUGCAGGACUAUCCCUUUGAGGACUGGCAGCUGCCUGGCAAGAACCUGCUCCAGCUCUGCCCCCGAAGCCUCGAGGCUCUGGCUGUGCGGUCUCUGGGACACCAGGAGCUCAUCCUAGGCGGGGUGGAACAGCUGCAGGCCCUGAGCUCCAGGCUACAGACAGAGAACCUGCAAAGCCUGACAGAAGGACUGCUGGGGGCAACCCAUGACUUCCAGAGCAUAGUCCAAGGCCGCCUGGGGGACUGUGCCAAGACCCCUAUUGAUGUCCUCUGUGCGGCUGUGGAGCUGGUGCAUGAAGCCGAUGCCCUCCUCUUCUGGCUCAGCAGGUACCUCUUCUCCCACUUAAAUGACUUCUCAGCAUGCCAGGAGAUCCGGGACUUGUUGGAGGAGCUGAGCCAGGUCUUGCAUGAGGAUGGUCCAGCAGCUGAGAAGGAGGGCACAGUCCUGAGGAUCUGCAGCCACGUGGCUGGGAUCUGCCACAACAUCCUGAUCUGCUGCCCCAAGGAGCUGCUGGAACAGAGGGCCGUGCUUGAGCAGGUGCAGCUGGACAGUCCAUUGGGCCUGGAAAUUCACACCACCAGCAAUUGCCAGCACUUUGUGUCCCAAGUGGACACCCAGGUUCCCACUGACUCCCGACUGCAGAUCCAGCCUGGAGACGAGGUUGUCCAGAUCAACGAGCAGGUGGUGGUGCGUGAGGAGAGGGACAUGGUGGGAUGGCCCCGUAAGAACAUGGUGAGGGAGCUGCUGCGGGAGCCAGCCGGACUUAGCUUAGUGCUGAAGAAGAUCCCAAUACCAGAGACCCCCCCACAGACGCCCCCUCAGGUCCUGGACUCCCCGCACCAGAGGAGCCCAUCACUGUCUCUGGCCCCACUGUCUCCCAGGGCCCCAUCUGAAGACGUCUUUGCCUUUGACCUCUCUUCAAACCCCAGUCCCGGACCCAGCCCUGCCUGGACAGACUCUGCCUCCCUUGGCCCUGAGCCCCUGCCCAUCCCCCCGGAACCCCCAGCCAUACUCCCAGCAGGGGUAGCAGGGACUGCAGGGCUCCCUGAAUCCCCUGACAAGAGUCCUGUUGGUCGGAAGAAAUCAAAAGGCCUGGCGACCCGGCUGAGCCGCCGGCGGGUGUCAUGCCGUGAGCUGGGCCGGCCAGACUGUGACGGCUGGCUCCUGUUGCGAAAGGCACCGGGUGGCUUCAUGGGCCCGCGCUGGCGCCGCUGCUGGUUUGUGCUCAAGGGACACACGCUCUACUGGUACCGCCAGCCCCAGGAUGAGAAGGCUGAGGGCCUCAUCAAUGUCUCCAACUAUAGUCUGGAAAGUGGACACGAUCAGAAGAAGAAAUAUGUGUUUCAGCUCACCCAUGAUGUGUACAAACCCUUCAUCUUCGCUGCUGAUACCCUGACAGAUCUGAGCAUGUGGGUGCGUCAUCUCAUUACCUGCAUUUCCAAGUACCAGUCUCCAGGCCGGGCCCCCCUGCCCCAAGAGGAAGACUGCUACAGUGAGACUGAAGCAGAAGACCCGGACGAUGAGGCUGGGUCCUGCUUAGCCUCGCCCAGCCCUGCUCAAGCUGGGAGUCCCCUCCAUGGAGACACAUCACCUGCAGCCACCCCCACACAGCGCAGCCCACGGACCUCCUUUGGCUCUCUGACAGACAGCAGUGAAGAGGCACUGGAAGGAAUGGUACGGGGGCUGAGGCAGGGUGGCGUGUCCCUCCUAGGCCAGCCACAGCCCCUGACCCAGGAACAGUGGCGGAGCUCUUUCAUGCUGCGCAACCGAGACCCUCAGCUCAAUGAGCGAGUGCACCGUGUGCGGGCGCUACAGAGCACACUCAAGGCAAAGCUGCAGGAGCUGCAGGUCCUAGAAGAAGUGCUGGGUGACGCUGAGCUGACAGGAGAGAAGUUCCGCCAGUGGAAGGAGCAGAACCGGGAGCUGUACUCAGAGGGCCUGGGGGCCUGGGGAGUGGCACAGGCUGAAGGCAGCUCCCACAUCUUGACCUCUGACUCCAGAGAACAGUCCCCCCACUCCCUGCCCUCUGACCCUGAAGAGCACUCCCACCUCUGCCCCCUGACCUCAGAGAGCAACCUCCAACCUCCUGACCUCUGACCCUGGCCAGCACUCUGGCUCCUGACCUUUGGCCCGAGGGCCACCUCAACCCCAGCUUCUGACGUGUCCAGGACAGAGCAUCCCUGGAUUCUGUUCAGGGUGGGAAGUAGUACUGCUAGUCAUGGUCUCGCCCCGAGCUGACCCCUCUGCCUGGGCUUUGUGCCACUCUCUCCCUUGCCAAAGAAGAAACUCUCCCACCCCAUUCUCCCAUCUCUGGGGCCACAGCCCUGCCCCUCCAGUUCCUUGGCAGUUCUCCCCCAAACCAGGUCUGUACAGGUGUUCUUUAUUUUACAUGAGGGCUACUUUCCAACCAAAUAAAGUCAAUUUUUCUAAAAAUGA